UGUCGGUCUGCGUGAUUGUUUCUAUCGAAUACGCCAACGCUUCUGCUUGACACAAGACCAGUUGCCUGAUGGACACUGGGUGGUUAGACUGUAACUGAGCUUUAUGAAACUCGGGGUCAUUAUUUGAUUAAACCAAGGCAAGUUGGCAGUUCACAGGUUCACAUAUUUCUUAAAAGUGCCAUCAGCUUGUGACUCUACCAUACAUGUAGUUAUCCAGUGUUUUCGGUAAAUGUAUUUUAUUGACACCAUGGUUGACUGUAGGCGGUUGUCUGUUAUUAAAACCAUGUUUUUACUGUAGUAGUCUUUACGUUUUUGUCGCUAUUUUUACUUUGCUUUGCAUGUGUUUGUGACGGGUGCCAUGGAUGGGGCAGAAUACUCUCAGCGUUCCGCGAAAACCUGUGAGGACCUAUGUAUACAAGCCUCUAGAGGUGAACUUCAAGCAGGCCCGGGAACAGUGUAAGGAGCUUGGGAUGGUGGUGGCCAUUGCUGACACUGUUCAGGACAUAGAGGCUAUGAACAAAUAUUUGGCGUAUCUUGGAGACUCAGUGGAGGCGUGGCUAGGUAUGGAGUACACAGGGAAGGACAAGCAGUUUAACUGGAUCAAUGGUGAAUCUGUGACUGCAGCGCAAUGGGAUGUGACGACUGAUGACGAGCCGGAUAAUCUGGACAAACAGACAUGCGCAGUGUGGAGGCGCCGGGACAACCAGUGGGACUCCAGGGAGUGUGACAUAGCCUUCCACCUGCUGUGCAGUACUGGUGAAUCUAACGUGCUCUACAGCACAUACAGCGUCUACCUGAACGACCACAUGUUUGUACAGCAAGCGGCAGCAACAGUAACGUCAGACAACAACAUCGAGUGUGCGGUGUCGUGCCGGGCUCUCGCCGACUGCGUCUACUUCAGCCACCAGGUGGCGCUACACCAAUGUCUACUGUACACGUCUACGUCCACUGCGCCUACCUCGCAGGCGACGCAGGGACACCAGGUGUGGAGAAUGAACUAAAAUGUCCUCCGAUGGAUUAUACACAACACAGAAUCUUUCCUUCAGCAUGAGUGCGGUUUGGCAGUGAACAGGGCGUAGUAGAAACGACUGGUGGCAGCCAUACGGAAAAGUUCUCCUGGAGUUAUCAAAAUAAAAAUAUUUAUCAGAAGCCUGUCCGACUUUGUGCCCAUAAAAUGGUGGCUAUAUUUGUACUUUAACCCCUCAUCCCCGUCACUUGCAUAAUGUUUUGUUUGUUUGUUUGUUAUUCAAUGCCGAAAUAUUCCAGCCAUGACGGCGGUUUGUAAAUAAUAGAAUCUGGACCAGACAAUCCAGUUGUUGAGCAUCGAUCCCUGCAAUUGAGAUACCCAGGCAUGCAUCAAACAAGCCUGACCACCCUGCCUUGCAGUAAGUUUGUAGUGGGCCAAUGAUGUGUUGUACAGUAAACUACGGUUAUAACGAACACGCUUAUAACGAACUGACGGAUAUAACGAACUAACUUUUUAGUCCCGACUAUUUGCUGUAGUUAUGCUAUAUAUUUGCUUAUAACGAACUACGGUUAUAAUGAACUAAAAGUAGUAGUCCAUUUGAGUUCGUUAUAACCGUAGUUUACUGUAUCUUGUAUUUUGAUAAUUGGCACAAUUUUAACAGUUGAAUAUGCCGAUGUGAGUCCUUGCAAUCACAUUGCAUCUAACAUGUCACUGUGGCCUUGUACCCAGCCAGGUAUUCACAGAAUGAUGUUUAUUUUUGUUAACCCUUGAUGACUUUUAUUAUGUAAUAUAGCACAUAUUCCAGCAAGAGAUCAGGUGAGCUAUUAAUCCUAUUGGCGGUAUUCUCUUCAACUUCGUGUUAUGUUCUGGCUUAUGCAUGUACCCGUGGAAUAACUCUACACAACACCACAUGCUUAACAAGACGCGUUGUGGAGUCAGUAUUGUCGAUGUGAUUGAUUUGUUUGUUGGGAGAGCGGGAGCUUGGUUUAACGCCACAGUAAAUCGACUAUAUCACGGUAUGUCAGCUUAAUGUGGGACAAGUAAUCAAUGGGCGGUCGGAUAGCCUAGUGGUUAAAGCGUUCGCUCGUCACGCCGAAGACCCGGGUUUGAUUCUAAACAUGGGUAAUAAUAAUGGGGUCCAUUUCUUCAGCGCCAUUCCCGUCUACGUAGUCGCUCAUAGCGCCUCACACAGGGUCAUAGACACAUCUAAAGAGAUAAGUCUUUAGUUUUGUCUUGAAAGUGUCCAGAGUUGGAGAUUGCCUAAUUUCCACUGGAAGGGAAUUCCAGAGCACGGAAGCACCUUAAACGACAAAGCCACCAAUGGCCUUCAGUUUCUAGCUUUGUACUGAAGCCGAUUAAACACAUGUGACUUAUUUGCACAUCUUAAACAUUUCGCUACCUUCGCUUCUGUAGACAGAUGCCAUAAAGUGAGUUGAUGAUGUUUUUGCAGCAACAGUAUGUGAUUAUGGGCGUUAAUGUACAGUGUGGUUGCUGCUUUGUAAAAUACAAUAAACAAAGCAUGUAUUGCAGGUGAAAUGUAGAGAAAUAAACUGAAAUGCCAUUUCAUGCC